UAUUAACAUUCCAGCUAACUUUUAGUAGUUGAUAAGAAUAUUUAUAAAAAACUUCUCGUUUAUAUAAUUGUUAGAAUUAAAAUGAAAUAAAAAUCUAACCUUUGCUCAAUUAUAAAUAUUGGAUGGACGUAUAAAAUAUUUCUUAUUAGACUCACAAAAUUAUAGAAUCUAAUAUGGGUGGCCAUGGACACGAACAUGAUACUGUUAAAAUACCUUCUCCUGACUCUUAUAAGAUAGACAAAUUUCCAAUGUUAGUAAAAUUUCAAGAACGUUUAACAAAGGAAGGUUUAAAAGAUCCUUGGUUAAGAAAUGAGGCAUGGCGUUAUCAUCCUAAUUAUAAAACAAAAGCACAACGUACAAUGAUGUUUUGCUUCAGAGGAUGGAAGCUUGGUAUUCCAGCAUUUUUAAUAACUAUAGGAAUUGAACAAUUGUUGGCAAUGGGUAAAAAAGAUGAUCAUGGUCAUGGUGAUCAUCAUUAAUAUAAUUAUAUAUGAAAUGCAAUAGUUGCUAGACCAUUAAGCGGUACUACAAGUGUAGAAAUACAAAAAUAAAUAAUAUAAAUAAAUGUUUCGGUAAAUA